UUACUUCUCUCUGUGUGGACACGCAGGGCUUGCUCUCUCUCUCUCCCUGCUUCACAUGCAAGAAGAAAAAGUGCAAACUGUGCUCAUCCGAUUACAUAAUGAUCCAGUAAGAGUGAGCCGGAACCGGUGCUGCCAGUGCCAGUGUGCUGGGAGACACUGACUGACUGCUGGGUAAUCCUCAUCCAGGCCUCUCCUCUGACACGUUUCAUCUUUUUCUUUGAGAGUUUUUCUUUUCAGAAGCAGAGGAUGACAACAACAUAGUGGUACAGAAGAAUACAAUAUGAUGCAAAACAUGUGUGGGCUGUCAACAAACAUGACUAGUUCAAGACUCUGAAAUUUUGCAACAAUUUUUCCUUCUUUUUCCAAGACAGAUAAAAACCUUCUAUCAUUGUUUUCACAUGUUUACUGGAAAGUGAAACUUUUUUAAAGUUUUUAUCAUUCCCAAGCUGUGCUAAAAGCCUGAACCUCUUUUAGAAAUCGACAGAAAGCACCAGCCAUGACCUCAGCGACUCCUCCAUCCUCAGAAAGCUCCUCCCCACAGAAAGUGUGCCACACCCAGACGCAGACUGACAUCACAAAGCCCUUGCUGGGCUCCACAGGGGGGACUGGAGGCGCUGGUGCAGGUGGAGGAGGAACAGGAGCUGGAGGACAUAGUGCUCUACGAAGGAGGCGAAGGGUCCUCUCUAAAGAUGGAAGAAGCAAUGUGCGCAUUGAACAUGUCAGUGGCAGAGGGGCGCUGUACCUCCGUGACCUCUGGACAACUUUCCUGGACAUGCAAUGGCGCUACAAGUUCUUCCUCUUCUCUGCUACCUUUGCUGGCACCUGGUUCCUGUUUGGAGUGCUUUGGUACCUGGUGGCCCUGGUGCAUGGAGACCUGAUUGAGUUUGAUCCCCCCUCCAACCAUACACCAUGUGUAAUGGAGGUGAAGACCUUGACCGGGGCCUUUCUUUUCUCCCUGGAGUCCCAGACCACAAUUGGCUAUGGUUUCCGGUGCAUCACGGAGGAGUGUCCUGCAGCAAUAGUUCUCCUUAUUGUUCAGCUGGUCAUCACCAUGGUGAUGGAGAUCUUCAUCACCGGUACAUUUCUUGCAAAGGUCGCCCGUCCCAAAAAGAGAGGGGAGACAGUGAAGUUCAGCCAACAUGCUGUUGUAUCAAAUCACGAGGGACGUCCCUGCCUCAUGAUCCGAGUGGCAAACAUGCGUAAAAGCCUGUUAUUAGGUUGCCAGGUGACGGGGAAGUUGCUUCAGACGUCCUUGACAAAGGAGGGUGAGACGGUGCGGCUGGACCAGCGCAAUGUGCCUUUCCAAGUGGACACGUCCAGCGACAGCCCCUUCCUCAUCAUCCCACUGACCUUCUACCACAUCAUUGAUGACAACAGCCCCCUCAAAGCCUGGGCAGCAAAAGGUGGCGGCUGGACCGACCCUGAACUUGCUGACUUUGAGCUGCUGGUGAUCAUGAGCGCCACAGUCGAGCCGACGUCUGCAACCUGCCAGGUUCGAACAUCCUACCUUCCGGAUGAGAUACUCUGGGGUUAUGAGUUCCCCCCUGUCGUCUCUCUGUCCCCUUCAGGAAAAUACGUGGCUGAUUUUGCCUUCUUUGACAAAGUGGCCAAAACCAAAACUCCACCCUUGUUCAAUCAGGCCCUGCCACCAAGUACACAAUCACAGACGACCCACUUCCGCAGCGGAAAGGAAGAUGGAACAGAUCCGGAGAAGAUGCGACUGGAAGAGAGUUACAGGGGGGAGGAGAGAGGGCGGGAAAGGGGGCGCAUCAGAGAUAGCAGUCCUCUGAGUGUGCGCAUCAGUAAUGUGUGAAGCAGAAGAGACAGGAAGUGGUUAUGGAAAGUUGUUGUGACAGUGAGACGAGAUAGAAACUGGAAGAGAGAAGAAACCGGCUGCUUAAAAGAAGAAUACAUUCUCACAUUUCUCCCCCACAUGCAGAAGAAAAACCCUCUGCCUACACAUGUGCUAAAUGUGGACCACAAGGCAGGAAAUUAGACACCUGAGCACCCCCACCAUCGCACCCUACAAACAAAGAAAAUACAGGUCGAUAAACAAUGUGCUGGAGACAUCUGUGACCAGCCUGAGAGGGAGCAAAUGAAAUUGCAAUUAAACUGUAGCAAAUUUGCAGCACAGUUUCAAGGUUUUCAUU